AUGGGCUCAACCAGCUUUACCAAUCCCUACGCCAUUGAAGUCAUCCAGAUGAAGAGAAGCGAGUUAGUCAGUGGCAUCUUAAAUCCAGAGGACCUGCUUGAUCUUCUCAUUGCGAAUGGAGUUCUUCAACCUGACAUCCGAGUCUUGGUGUCCGACCUCACAGUGCGAGAGGAGAAGAACUCCAGGAUGUUAAACAUCUUGAUCUCCAGAGGAGAACGUGCCUGCCGCAUCUUCUUCUACCCUUGUCUGAAAAGAGCGGAACCUGACCUUUACCAGCACAUGAGAACGUAUGUGGGUGGAGUUAAUGAGGGCAUUAGAGAUGCGCGGAGACAACUAAUAGGAUAUCUGCUGGAGAAAGACAAACAAGGCCUUGUCAAAAACUCAAAACCAGAGAGAAUCCAUCCCAAGUCUACAGCAAACGAGCCUAAUAAUGAGCCUUUAAACAAGCAGAUCCUCAAAUCCGAAAGUAACCACCAUGAUGCCAUCCUCGAAGCCAUAUCUUCAGGCGAUUUAUAUCUCCUUCAGGAGCUCACUAAAGAAUUGGAUGUCAACAGUGUGCUCUCGUCUAAUGAUACUCUUCUACACCAUGCUGCUGAAUACGGUAAGGAGGCCAUUGUGUAUUUUCUGCUUAGACAAGGAGCGAAACUGGAUUUGAAGGACAAGGAGGGCCGUACAGCCCUACACAGAGCUGCACAACGGGGCCACACCGCUGUUGCUGUGGCCCUUGCGAAGGCUGGUGCGGAUAUUCAUGCUACCGACCAAACUUCUAAGACUCCUUUGCAUCUGGCUGCACAAAAUGGACAUGAAGGGUGUGUUAAAGCUCUAGUGCACGAAGAAAAGAAAAGCCUUAAGAAUCAGACAACAGUACUGCAUAUGGCGGCCAUUGAAGAUAAUGCAACACUGGCAGAAGUUCUUCUAAGAAACGGCGCUUUAGUAGAUGCACAAGAUGGUCAAAGGAAAACAGCUCUUCAUCACGCAGUUCGCCACGGAAAUGAGAAAACCGCAGCGGUCUUGUUGAAGGCUGGAGCUCAGGUGGACUCCAGGAUCGUGGAUGCUGCUUUCCAGCUAAACAGAAAGUCUCUCCUCUCUCUAUUUUUGCAGCAUGUCCACGAGUCCAUGUCUCAGACUGAGAUAAAUGCGGCUCUUUUUAAAGCGGUUCAGAGGAACUUGGAUGCGGUCGUGGCUGCACUUAUUGAGCACGGUGCAGAUGUCAAUAGCUGCAAUGAGCUUGGAUACACACCUGUGCUUCUGGCUGCAGAGCUGGGAAAUGGGGAGGCUUUUAAAGUGCUGGUCUCCAAAAAGGCCAAGCUGGAUGAGAGACUGCCGAACCAGAUGUCCAGUCUUCAUUUGGCUGUUCAAAGCGGCAGCAUACAAAUAGCGCAGAUAUUGUUGCAUAAGGGCAUAGACCCCAACAUCAGUGGCCCUAAAGAUCAGACUCCUCUCCAUCUCAGUGCAUCCCAUAAUCAGCCAGCCAUGAUGGCACUGCUACUGCGUGUGGGGGCUCAGCUCAAUCCCGUCACCCAGGAUGGAUUCACUCCACUGCACCUCGCCAGCCAAAAUGGCCACACUGAAGCAGUCGCCCAACUGCUAGAGGCCAAAGCCGAUGUCCAUGCCAAAGACAAACAGGGAAGAACAGCCUUGCACUGGGCGGCAGAACAAGGAGAAGUGGCCAUCAUACAAUCACUUCUCGCUGCUGGAGCGUAUUCAAAUGCCUCAGAAAGAGAGAAGAAAACCCCAUUGCAUCUGGCUGCAGCGGAGGGACACACUAAGGCAGUUUCAGCACUGUUGGCUGGUAAAGCUAAAGUUGGAGCUAAAGACAUGGACGGCUGCUCACCACUGCAUUACGCUGCUCGAAACGGAAAGGAAAGAGCAGGCAGUGUUCUUCUCGCAUCGAGUAAGAGCAAGAAUGUGGAUGAUAAGAACGUGUGGAGGAGGACUGCUCUGCAUUUAGCUGCAGAGCAUGGUCAUGAGGCGCUGGUUGGCAUUUUACUGGAGAAUAAAGCAAAGAUUAACGCCCUGGAUAACAAUAAAGACACACCACUUCACUGUGCUUGCAAGACUGGGCAUUUGGGAACGGUACAGAGACUGAUCAACUGGACAAAUGGAGAACGGGCAAAUCUUCAGGCUACUAAUAAUGUGAAGAAAAACGCACUUCAGGUGGCUGAAGCAGGGGACACAGAGGCCCAUGAGAACAUAAGCACCCUGCUGAAGAAGAAGAUGUUCCUUGUAAAAUGA